AUGAUGGCAUUCCUGCUUGCGGUGAUGGCUACGGUGGCAUCAGUCACGCUGGUCUCAAGCAUUCAUCAUUCGCACAUGAUACCGGCAGUCUUUGGCGUCGAGUUUAGUCAGGUCGGGCUCGCUUGUCCUGUUGCACUGCGAAAGGUGUCGACAAGUGCUUUCUCACCGAAAUGCGCAGACGCCAACGACGUGAGACCUGAAAGAAUUGGACAUUUGGGCCUCUGGCGUCUGGCAUGA